GGUUUUAUACAUUGUGGAGCGAAAACAAGAAAUACCGAUUCUAGGUUUAUCAUUUCCUGUUUAUAUUUAAAUAUUUCUGAAACCCCCUGUGAAAGGAACUUGGUUGGAGGUUAUAACAGAAAGGAAAAUUUACGACUAUCUAUAAAGUAUUUCUAGAUAUUUAAUAAAUAAUAUUGUACGGAACCUUAAGGUCGGCCUGUCGCCUAGCUAGAAGUUUACAUAAAUAAAACAGUGCGUCUGGAUUCGAGUCUAUUUACGUGUGGAAAUUUGCAGUGACCUACUUAAUUCUUUUGUAAAGAAAAAUAAAUAAUUGUGUAAAAAUGAAUCAAAUUUUGAUCAUAGUUUUCUCCAUCUAUCUCGUUAAGACCACCGUAGCAUUUUGCACCAACCGUGACCCAUGGAUGUUACCAACUGCUCCCUGCAUCAACUCCUACACCACGGGCAAGCCCUGCUCAUCCUGCUCCUGCGAGGCCGACUUGGCGACCAACUGCUACACCAACUGCCAAUGCUACAGAGACCCGGCCAACGUUUGCGAGACAUACAAACCAGCGCCUAUGUGCCAAUGUUUGACGGAAUGUAAAUGUGAAUAUCCCUUGUAUUUCCCCGAGGUUGAAUAUCCAACAACGAUCCUUGAAAUGGAACCGUUUUAUUACAAAGCAUGCUUUAGCUUUUAAGUUGUUGGUGAAUAAAUGGUUUUAUUGAACUUCUGUGCUAUUUUGCUUCUCGUUUCAAAGGUCAUCAAUAAAAUAGAAAAACUAUAAAAUUGUGAUAUCUGCAGGAAGCCAGAAAAAAAAACUAAUCACACAACGAAAUAUACACAACUUGAAUAAUGGCUGUACCCAAACCAUUUCAAUAUCUAUUUUAUUCAUUAAUUUAGGGAAGCAAUUAACAAGAAUAACAGCAUCACGGCAAAGGGUUACAGAUAGGUUUAAACCCUUCAAAGUUAUCGUACACCAAUUUGAAUUUACGGCUUAGGAUCGCGUGACGUCACACCUUUCUCUUAAACUUAAUAAGUUACAUCUGAGAUAAGAUUACAGUCUAUUAAUAAUCUGGACCCUUCUAUCGAUUCGCCCUUUAUAAUUUGGUUAAGUGUUUACAAAUAUUGAUGCAAUUACUGAUAGUCGAGGGUUGGUUACGAUAUUUGGGAAAAGCGUUGGAGUUUUAAAGUUUAAUGCUCUCCUAAGACAAGUUAGUGACAUUUCUAUCUGCGAUAAGG